AGUUAUUAUUUAUAACAUUUAAUUUGUCAACAAUGGCUGAAUUAUUAGCAAUGGGAAAUGAUCUCUUGGAGAGUUGUCUUAAAACAGCAACACAUGCAAUUGUUUAUUCAGAGGGUGAAGUACGUGAUAAAACACUGGAAAAACUUCGCAAGAGUGUUACACUUUACUGUGAAUUUGAAGAAAAAAUGAAAAACAUGCAACAAUUUUCACAGAAAUAUUCAAACACAGCAAUUGAAAAUGAAGAUGAAAUGAAUAAAAUUAUUGGGGAAUUUACUGAAACUGCCAAUAAUUCACAAGUUGACCUUGCAUCAAACAAACAUAUCAAGCAUUUUAAUCAACAAGUAACAGCAAUAAUUGGAAGUGUUGGAGGUCCAAGUAACAAGGAUAAUUCAGAUGAAUCUGAUGAUGAUUUGGUUUUGACACAAGAUGAAGUAAAUGUCGUUUGUCCAAUUACCAAAGCCAGAAUGACUGAACCCAUGAGAAACGUUCGUUGUGGACAUGUUUAUGAUAAAAUUGGUGUUGAAACAAUGAUCGGUUACAAUAAGCGAACAAAGUGUCCAAUUGUUGGAUGUGGCAAUGAUGAAUUUUUAACCAUGGAUGAUCUUCAACCAGACAUGGUUACACGUGCUGUUCUUGACAGAAAUACAUAAACUUUACAUUGUUUCAUAAGAAAAACAUAUUUAUUUCUAAAGCUUUUUAUUUUUU